CCCUCGGACAAAGCUUAUCACCGAUCCACGGAAAGAGCUGAAGAUGUCGGCCCGGUCAUGUGAUCAGCUGUGUCCAAUCACAGCUGAUCACAGAUCAUCAGAGCACUGAUGAUCAGUGUGCCCUGAUGAUCUGUGUAGCCCCAGCAGCGCCACCUGUCAGUGUCCAUCAGUGCCAGCUCUCAGUGCUCAUCCAUGGCACCUGCCAGUGGCCAUCAGUGCCACAUUUCAGUGCCGCCUAUCAGUGCCAAUCAGUGCCGCCUAACUGUGCAAGUCAGUGCCACCUAACAGUGCCAGUCAGUGCCGCCUAUCAGUGCCAUAUAUGAGUGCUGCCU